AUGACCUCGAAUGCAGACACAGGCUCUCCACUCGCGUUCUUCAAAAGAAGGGAAGGCAAGAUGAAGAGCUCUUUGUUGCUCUGCGUGGCCUUGGCCAUCUCCUUGGGGUUCGUCCUUGUGGCAGGUUAUCCAUGGGACUCUGACAAUGAGGAGCACGUGCUGGUCAAUAAUAAGUGUCAGUGUGUAACAGUGACCUCAAAGUUCGUCCCAUCCAAAGAAAAUCCCGGUGAAGAGAUCCUGGAGAGAAACAUACGCAUCCUGGUCCCCCUGAAGGCUCGAGAGAAUAUCUCUGACCCCAUGUCCCCACUCAGAACCACUUUUGUCUACCGUAUGACUGAACUCUGCAAAAAAUGCGAUCCCGUAGAAAUUGAACUAGGUGGUGAGAUAUACGAAGCCCAGCAGAGCACCUCCUGCAACGAACCUGAAACCUGCUACACCUACAACAGGGACAAGUGCUAUACCACAACCUUCCCAUUCCUCCACCAUGGGGAGAUGAAAAAUGUUCAAGCCGUUUUGACACCGGCAUCCUGCUACGCCGAUUAG